GACAAGGCCUCGGACUAAACUAAAGCGAGGACUCCCCUCCCCCUUCCCUCCCUCCCCCCCUCCCGUACCACCCCGUCUCUGCUACGGGACACCCGCCACCCAUGGAGGGCACGGACAUGGACGUGGACGCGGAGCUCAUGCAGAAGUUCAGCUGCAUGGGCACCACGGACAAAGACGUCCUCAUCUCGGAGUUUCAGAGGCUGCUGGGCUUCCAGCUCAACCCGGCCGGCUGCGCCUUCUUCCUGGACAUGACCAACUGGAACCUGCAGGCUGCUAUUGGCGCAUAUUAUGACUUUGAAAGUCCUAAUGUCAACACGCCAUCCAUGUCCUUUGUUGAAGAUGUGACAAUUGGGGAAGGAGAGUCUGUUCCUCCAGAUACACCGUUCACAAAGACCUGGAGAAUACAAAACACAGGUGCAGAGUCGUGGCCACCUGGGGUUAGUCUCAAGUACAUCGGUGGGGAUCAGUUCGGGCACGUAAACGCAGUUAUGGUAAAGUCACUAGAUCCCCAGGAAAUAUCCGAUGUGAGCGUGCAGAUGCGAAGUCCCACAGCUCCAGGCAUGUACCAGGGCCAGUGGAGGAUGUGUACAGCCACCGGAUUAUUCUAUGGAGAUGUAAUCUGGGUGAUUCUUAGCGUAGAAGUUGGAGGUCUCCUCGGCGUGACCCAGCAGCUGUCCUCGUUCGAGACAGAAUUCAACACCCAACCCCAGCGCAACGUGCAGGGAGACUUCAACCCCUUUGCCUCGCCACAGAAGAACAAGCAUGACGCCACUGACAACAGCUUCAGAGAUCCUGGCGGAGCCUGGGAACGUACACAAGAGCCAAUCCAGCAAGAUCAAAAUGGACUGUCUCAUAAUGCUGUAAAUAGGGCGUCAAAUGGUCUUCAAACCAAUCUUUCUGUGGUGACUUAUGGUCAGGGUAUUCACGGACCCUAUCCAUUUGGACAAAGCUAGAAAGACAAAGACCCCCCCCCCCCAUGGUGGAUGAUGAGCUGAACACCCUGGGAGACCUUAAAUGCAGAGGAGACGGAGGGGGGGAGGACAGUUGUUUUAUAUUGACUCAUGACAACCCUCUCCCCAACCUCAUGGCCCUUUCCACAGAAACACAAACUACGGUGGGGUGAUGGAUUACGUGCGCUACAGUGAAACAUCCCACCUGACAUCAUCACCCGGAUACGCAUGUGUGAAUGCUUUGUUUAAGAGUGCUAUAAACCCUUAAAAAUAGAUACACACAACUAUUUUUAUUUCCACUGUACAACACGCCUAAUUAAAGGGAAAAUCAACCCUAAACAAUCUCCAUACAAUUUUGGUAUUCCCAUGGGCAAUUGAUUACUUUGUUUCUUCGGGGUUCCUACACAGGUCUGAAAAUGAAAACUGCCAAGAAUAGUACAGAAUUCAUUGUGAUCAUAGCACAUUUUGAGGCCUUGAAAAGUGUGAAAGAAAGACUUGUGGGAUGUACGUUUUAGGUUGGAAAAAGUGUCAUCUUUUAUUCACUGUACCAAACAGUUUUCGAGUUUUCCUGUAGCCUUACACCAGGUUUCACACACGAAACCCGGUCAAUGAUGUGGAAUGUUAAACAACAAGUAUGACCGGUUGUACCGGACGACGAGAUGAAUAUCGGAACAUUGCCAUUCACGAAAGACCAGAACUAAACCACAGAUUUGCUGUGGAUAAAUCUGGAUGAUGGAGAUGGAAAAUAUUCCCAUGUUUACAUCUUGUGAGCAUUCACAUCGCCAGGAACUCGAAAUGGCUGGAGGAUAAACAGAUUUGGCUGUGUGAACAAAAGAAAUGGCACUAUAUCCAUUAAAGUUGUGUUUAAUUACAGCUGACACGAAGCAUCCGCGUUUGUUUGGUUUUCAGACACUUCCGUUUUAUGAAGCGCCAAAUGGGAUAUGUUAGAGCUUUUCAGAGAAGUUUCCAGUUGCGAUUACAACUUAGAUGUUUACGUGAACGCUAUUUACGAGUCGGGGUAUUCAGAUAACUUAUAUUAUUAUUUCUUCGGCUUCUACAAUUUCAGGUUUAACAAGUCUGACAUUACUUUCUGUAUUCAUUGACAUGAAAGAUUUAAACAACUUGUGAUGUAUUUAAAGAAAAGACAACGUGUGUGCUCUUUGUUAAAAAAAAUACUUUGAGAUCGUAUGACCUACUGUCAUGUUUCAAGUAUUUUUGUAACUGGAGAAUAAUUUAUGACUGAGAGGACUAGAAGUUAUCACCGAUAUCUGUCUUAAUAUUACAUUUAUUACUCAAAGGUUACUGUUGUGUAAGCAGUGUUCACCCUGACAGUGAAUCGUUUUGGUGUUUGUAGAGCCAUGUCAGAUAACAUGUAAGAAAAAAAAGAAACAAUUAAAUUUGUCAUUUGACUCAUUAGACUCUUUUUGACAUCAACACAUUGUCAGUAACCUAAAAACCAGACCAUGUCCUAGUGUUUUCUACGAUACGAUACAUGACACAUUUGGAAACUUUGUCACAAAAUAACAUUGCACUGCGACAUCCAUCUGCUUAAAGUCAAAGAUAAAGCCACAUCUGAAAGAAGUAUCAGUGUUCAGACACACGUUGAACACAGAUUCAAACAUCCAGACUAUCCCUGUGUAGGAACCCUGUCUCUCCCAAAGAUAAAAUCCAGAGAACCAAGACACUAAUCUGUUCUGUCAUCAAGCCACGCUGUCUGAAAGUUCCCACUUAAGACUGCAUGGGACGUGUGUUGUUGUUAUUGUUGUUGUUGUUUUUUUAGGGUGGGUUUUCACUUUAAAUAGAUGCUGAAGCGCAAAAGGAUGCGAGUGAGUUUGAGUAAGUGAGGUGUGAGGAAGGGUUGAAAAAGCCAUCUAAAUCUAUUUUGCCUGAUGAGUGACUGUAGUUUCUGAGUCCAUGUCUACAGUAUGUGUACUAGAUAUAUAUAUAUGUAUGCGUGUGUGUGUGCGUGCGUAUGUGUGCACGUAUGUUAUGGUUUUUCUUUUGGAUUUAACUGACAUAAAAUGGUGUAUACUACUUGGGCAAAGGAUGACGUGUCUACUCCCAUACACAUCGAUAUUGAGAGAGCUCUACUGGGCGUGUACCUCUGAAGUAUUUUUUUUGAGUGAUUCUGCACCGUUUGGAUGAACUGACUCACUAAUUGCCCUGAUGUUAUUUAUUUGCUCUCUUAUUGUGCACUGCAGAUGCAAAAAAAAAAAAAGUCCCAUUUACAGCCAGCAGGUGGUGCUAAAAAAUCAGAUGAGCAACUUUUAUUGUAAAGAAAAUAUGAUUCUAGUAUCACUGUUUGAAUAUGGAGAUGAAUGGUUUUAGCAUCAGGAUUAGCGCCGAUGUUCUGUUACUGCUAUUUGCACAACUCUGUCAACGACCUCCGAUGAGGAAAAGUGAUUUUUGGCUUAUUGUUGGCUUGUGAUACCAGAAUUUUCCGGAAGGUUUUUAUUGAUUUGUUUCGCUUAUCCGCUCUCCCCCUAAAAGGCUUACGGUCUUCACAGCUUUAAGGUUUUGUUUCCAUAGUGUUUAACCAUAAAGUUUUUACCACUGCACCAAUGUUUGAUCUUAUAAACGAAGGUCCAUUCAUGUUAACCACACUGUUAGGUUCUGCAUAUCUGCGAAUGAGUUACACAGUUCUGUCUGCCUUCACACCAGAAUUAUUUUUAUUUUUUUGCUGUUCAAUAUAUCAUCAGUGGAUUUCAUCAUGUAUUUUUGGGCUUAACAAUAAAAUGGGAAACGUUGAUGGAACUCUGUGAUAGUGUUACAGUUUUUUUCUAAGGGAAUCUUUCAUUCAAAAAUAAUUAUUCGUGUCUUUUCGAUGGUUUAAUUUAUUCAAAUCUCUUCUAGUUGUAAUUAUGAACAUCUAAAUGCUGUUUAGAGUUUGUUGCUUUUAAUGGUCAUGUGUGCCCGUUUUGUAAAAUUCACCAGCAUCCUGUGUUGCAGCGCUGCUGUAUUUGUAUUGAGAGUCAUCUGAGAGUCCUCCUCCCAAACAGUAUACACUGUUCUGCAUUGCUUCUUCCAGUCACGUCAGUCUUUUCUUUUUUUGUGUGUAUGCGGUUCCUUCUUGUGUGUGUGUGUGUGUGUGUGUGUGUGUGUGUGUGUGUGUGUGUGAGAGAGAGAGAGAGAGAGAGAGAGAAAAGAGACAGAUGGUGAGAAAUCUGAAUAUUGCUGGAUUCAUUCUGUAGUUUUAGUUUGUGACUAUGUACGGAUUUGCAAUGGGUGGCAUGGUGAGUGGAUGAGAUGAAAGUUUACAUAGUCCUACAAUAGCACAUUUAUCUGAAGAGAAACUGUCAAAAGCUUUUUUUUUCUUUUUCUCCUGUAUCUAUAAUUAAGCAUUUGUAUGAUUAAAUUAACACUGAAACAAUGA